AUGGUGAGGACCAAGCCGAAAUCGUGCAAAGGGCCUCCUUCCCCUCAUGCUGCAGAGGCCAGCCCAAGGAAGCGAUGGAAGGGGGCAGUGCCCACAGGAAAUACCACCCUGCCGGCCAUCAACAAGGUGAAGGAAAGGGCCAAGCAACAGCACAAGCAUGCAAAGAAGACGCGCGAGAACUACAAUGGAUAUGUGGAACGAGGACAGACAUGGCUGAAGGCACAUUUCACUACUAGCAGGGGGGCUAUGGCAAGCAUGGAUUCGGAGACCGUGUCUAUCAGUACUGAUGCCUACGAGGAUCCCACAUUCAGGGAUGCACUCGAGAGGAUGCCCAACCAACAUUCUGACAAGGCCCUCGCACUCCUCAUCUCCUUCAAGUGUUUCCAUGAGAACUGUGGCCAGAGCACGGAUGGAGAUACCUAUCGUGGGAGGUGGCAUUUCAACGAGGCACGUCUGUGCUGGGAAGGAAACCCUGCAUCGUCAGCUGAGGUUCAAGACAUCAUCAAGUCCGUCAAACACAAGACCAGCAGCGAGGGUGGGGACAGAACUCACUCCAUUGCAAUGUCGAAAGGAUUCAUGGAUCGAAUCCUGGCCUGGACCCACAAACUCUGCCCACCAAAGACAUUCCUUGGGCUUAUGAGGUCAGUUCUGGCACCAGAUACGAUGAGCACAGAACUCCUCACACUGGAAUCGCGUGAAUUGCUCACAAAGAUGACGAUGUACCAAGCAUUUAGUACAACGGCCUGGAACCUGUGGACAAGGUGCUUCGAGCUCAUCAAACUGAAACGGAAAGACUUGACCAUCGAUUUUUUCCAAGUUGGCACAACAUUCACAAGAUAUCUGAAUGGCGAGAAACUGUGCUCGAAGGACCUCCACACAUAUUUCGAGGUGUUUUUGUCCAACCGAAAGGGCUGGCAGCGGAGGGUAGACAAGGGCACGAAGGAAUCAGACCUACGGAGCAACCGGUACAAGCUCUACCCACAGCCAGACUUACCAGGCUGCGACUGCUUCUUCUGGCUCUUACUCUGGCUUACCUUCCUUGAAGUUGCCCACUAUGGUCGAAAACUCGAGCCCGAAGACUAUAUCUUUCCUGCAAUAGGUGCAAAUGGCAUUGUCCACUGUGGUGAACCUAUCUCGCACGACACUGUUCAGGCAUGGAUCGACGAAGCAACCACAGAAGCAGGAAUCCCACGAGGCGCAGGUGACAACUUCACAACCCACACCUAUCGACGUGGUGGUGCACAGUGGCGUUGGAUGUUCGCACCUAUCGGUCAGCGUUGGACUCUCGCGAGGGUCAGGUGGUGGGGUUCAUGGGCAGAGAAUGAGAAUCGUGACACACUCAUCCGGUAUCUCCUCGACGAGCUCUCCACCUACGAAAACGACCAUAGUGAUGCCCUCUGUCCAACACAGCACGAAGCUGAUGCAUCUCUGCUUGGAGAGCACUUGCUUGUCAAGCCCGUUUGCAUCCAGGACCUGCAGUCGAUGCAUGAAUGCAUCUCAGCUGACGUUGCAGGUCUGCGGAGUGACCUACGCACCCUCGCAGCCACGCUCUACAACGGGCAGCUGACUAACCUGCCCAACUCACGCAGCAGCACAGGCAUGUGCAAUGCUCCGCACUCGUCAACUCUGCUGUCAAACCCAGGCAACCCCUGCAUCGUUCAUCACUCAUCUGGAUCCCUGCCACCCAGCUCCGAGUCUCAGCCAUGCUACCCUGCUAUUCCCUCCUCCACUCUCCCACAGCCCUCUGCACUCACUCGAAUCACAGACGGCGCCACCAUUCUUGAAGUUGGUUCCCGCUCACUAGUACUACCUGAGAAGGGACUUGUCAUCCCUGAUGUCCCAACACGACAUCCUGAUGGGACCCACACCCCAAGAGCUGCCUCUUGGAGACAGAUCGUGAAGCACUGGACAGAUGGUGACCCCAAGCACGGAUUGCUACUUCCACUUCGAGAUUGGCCGCCUGAGUGGAUCCGCGGGAAGAACAAGAAGUUUUUUGCGAUGAAGUACCACCAACGCUCGGUGAUUGCACUGGAGUUUCUCGACCAAUUCAAUGGACACGAGCCUGCAUUCCUCGCCGCAUAUCCAGAGGCCACUGUGGGCCACACAGCUUUGCUUCGGGCAAUCAACCGCGCGAAAAAGGAGCGCGGGGAUAUUAUCCCUCGAAAGUACCCUAAUGCUCAAGCCUUUCGUUCAUUCCCAGACUUGCCUCCCACCAGCACCUCCAUCUGUUCCUCCGAGUCCCCAUCAUCCGGCCUCGUUCCCUCGCGACUUCGUCCUCUCGCUGUGCGCAGCACCCCAACCGCGGCGGGAGGCGGGGUCACGUGA